AUGAGGCCGAUACUUCUGCAGGGCCAUGAGCGAUCGCUCAGCCAAAUCAAAUACAACAGAGAUGGCGAUCUCCUUUUCUCGGUAGCGAAAGACAAAGUCAUCUGCGCGUGGUACACCAGCAACGGAGAAAGAGUAGGAACUUACAAUGGCCACCAGGGUGCGAUCUGGACUGUCGAUGUGUCACCGAACACCGAGCUCCUCGCCUCUGGGGCGGCAGACAACACGAUCAAGUUGUGGAAUACUCGAACAGGGGAGAAUGUGAAGACAUGGGAAUUUCCGACCGCCGUCAAACGGGUCGCGUUCAGUGAGGAUGGAAAGCAACUGCUCGCAGUCACGGAAAAACGAAUGGGAUACUUGGGGACUAUUGUGGUCUACGACAUCCGAUACGGUGAUGACCUUACAGACCAGACCGACGAAUACAGCUUGAGGAUUACGUGUGAGGAAAGCAAGGCCACAGUCGCGGGAUGGAGUUACCUGGACAAGUACAUCAUCUCCGGCCAUGAAGACGGGUCUGUCAGUCAGUGGGAUGCAAAGACUGGGGAACUCUUGUUGACCCAAGAGGCCCAUGAGUAUGACACCACAAUCAACGAUCUGCAAUUCUCUCCCGACCGGACCUACUUCAUCACAGCUGGAAAAGACAAGACAGCUAAGAUUUUAUCUUCACGAGACUUGAGCGUUCUCAAAUCAUAUCCUGCUGACACGCCGUUAAACACCGCUGCUAUUACCCCAAAGAAAGACUUUGUCAUCCUUGGAGGCGGCCAAGCGGCUAUGGAAGUCACCACAACAUCUGCUCGCCAAGGCAAAUUUGAAGCUCGCUUCUACCACAAGAUCUUCGAGGAUGAAAUUGGUCGCGUUAGAGGUCACUUCGGCCCCCUAAACACCAUCGCCGUCCACCCACAAGGCAUUGCGUACGCUAGUGGCGGUGAGGAUGGUUACGUCAGAAUGCAUGCUUUCGACAAGCCUUAUUUCGAUUUCAUGUAUGAGGUAGAAAGAGAACAAGCACGGAAGUGA